CUAUAUAAAUUAUGUCCUGUAGUAAGAAGAAAAAGAGCAAAGAUAAGAAGAGAAAAAGAGAAGAAGAUGAAGAAACCCAGCUUGAUAUGUUGGAAUCUGGUGGACAGUAACAAACUUUGGUGAAAUUUCAGGAACCAUAGCCAUUGAAAUGGAUGAGGGAACCUAUAUACAUGCACUCGACAAUGGACUUUUUACCCUGGGAGCUCCACACAAAGAAGUUGAUGAGGGCCCUAGUCCUCCAGAGCAGUUUACAGCUGUCAAAUUAUCUGAUUCCAGAAUCACCCUGAAAUCUGGCUAUGGAAAAUAUCUUGGUAUAAAUUCAGGUGAACUUGUUGUUGGGCGUUCAGAUGCAAUUGGACCAAGAGAACAAUGGGAACCAGUCCUUAAAAAUGGAAAAAUGGCUUUGUCGGCCUCAAAUAGCUGCUUUAUUAGAUGCAGUGAAGCAGGGGACAUAGAAGCAAAAAGUAAAACAGCAGGAGAAGAAGAAAUGAUCAAGAGUCUCAGUCAUAGCCUGCCUUCAUCUCUGAAGGGACCAGGCGACCCACCGAGUGCCUCGGCAGCCUUGUUAUUGCAUGCAAUCUUCACAGACAAGAUCUCACUGCAACCAGCUUUCUACAGGAGCACAAGUGUGACAUUAUACUGAUGACAUCAUUCUCAGAGA